AUGUUUUCUCUCCCAGCCACCAUCCUCUGUCUGAUAGCCAGCUCAGCAACCAUCUACGCCGAGCACUUGAAGGUCGUCUGGUCAUCCGGCGACUUCUCCACCAUCUCUGGUCCCUCUGGCGGCAACACCAACGGCGGAUACUCUGGCUUUGCUAUCAUCAACGAUGCAGGCGAUGCUAUCUACAACCAAGGAUUCCCCGACGAUCACGCGCCUUGCUACAACACCGGCGAUGGCCGUGAGUUUACCAUUGAGGGCGAUUGCUGGAGCACCCCGCGCAAAUUCAAGUGCAAGAGUGACUUUGGAGGUCACCCUGAUACCUGUGAGGUCAAGGACGGUGACGGAAAUAGCUUAGGCACUGGUGAUGGACAGACGGAUACGACUUUUAUUGGGAUUGCUAUUGGUGAAGAUGCUAGUUGUGUUGUGGAGUUUGAUUCGGAUAGCGAUGGUUGUCCUGUUGAUGAUGGGAAUGGACCUCUUCAUGUUACCUCGGGCUAG